AUGAAAAAAGAGCAAUAUCGAUCCGUGAUUUGUUUCUUAUUUUUGGAUGGAAAGACGUGCGAAGAAAUAAAAACGUUGGAUGCCGUCUAUGGGAACUCUUCGCCAUCUAUGACAACCGUCAGAUAUUGGUUCAACGAAUUCAAACGUGGUCGUUUGUCUGUUUCUUAUGAGGAGCGCCCAGGCCACCCGGCAGACGUGGUUACUGAAGAAAUCGUUGAAAAAGUCCACGACAUGAUUCUCGCUGAUCGCCGAACGAAAGUGUAUGAAGUAACAGAGGCCGUAGGCGUGUCGUACGGAACGGCAUUUAAUAUUUUGCAUGAUAACUUGAGAAUGAAAAAGCUGUCGGCCCGAUGGGUGCCGCGAUUGCUUACGGUGGACAACAAGCGGAUGCGGUUAUCAAUUUCAAAGCAGUGUUUGGAGCUGUUCAAGCGCAAUCCGAACGAGUUUUUGUGUCGAGUCGUAACCGUUGAUGAAACAUGA